CGACAACGACAUUUCACACACCCAGCCAACUUUCUUCUUCCUCCAUCAAUCCAUUGCUUCUUCAAUACCGUCGCAAUGGCAGGUGUUCGACUCCAAUACCGCCGCCGCAACCCUUACAACACCUCCUCGAACAAUGUCCGUGUGAUCAAGACCCCAGGUGGAAAGCUCCGACUCCUGCACAUCAAGAAGCGAGGAACUGCCCCUAAAUGCGGUGACUGCGGCGUCAAACUCCCAGGUAUCCCAGCUCUACGACCUAGAGAAUACGCAACGACAUCCCGACCGAAGAAGACCGUCCAACGUGCCUACGGUGGCUCGAGAUGCGCCAAUUGCGUCCGAGACAGAAUCGUCCGGGCCUUCCUCAUUGAGGAGCAGAAGAUUGUCAAGAAGGUGCUGAAGGAGACCCAGGAGAAGAAGGGAAAGAAAUAAAUGGGUAGAAGUUGAAGGGGGGGUUGAUGGAUUUUUUUUUCCUUCGAUGGAAAAAAACAAAACCCAAGCCGACGGGUUUGUAGCAAGGGCAUUUUCACGAUGAGCAAGGCUGUCGACUGCAAACGAGGCAGGGAGUUCUCAUGUCCAAGGAAGCAUCAGCAUAGCGAGAAAAAUAUUGGUUGGAUCCAAAGACCGUCCUUCCAGAACUCGGGGCUUGUCUUGAUGCGAAAAUUUCAGAUACGGUGACUGAUGGGAGUCAAGAACAUCCAAUGCAAAUGAUACCUGAAAAUGAUCACCUUUGAGAUGCUUUUGUUCUCGGUCGGAGACUGUUACGCUCAUCCGUGACCAUUGCGCCGUGCACAUCGUUCAUAUGUCAGGCAAUGGAGUUGUG